AGAGGAGAGAGUAGAGGGAGAGAGGAGGUGGUGGGAGGCAGCGCUGCUCCACAAGGGCAAAAUGUCAACAAAGUGGGCUGGCGUCGCCCUCUAGUCACUAGAUGUUUAACCUUAUUUGUUCACCUGCAGCGACUCCCACACACUCUAAGGGCAAGAUGACUGGCUCACACCGUGUAGUUCUCCUGGCCUGUGGCUCCUUUAACCCACCUACAAAUAUGCAUCUGAGAAUGUUUGAAAUAGCAAGAGAUUUUUUACAUAGAACGACCAAUCAUAAUGUUGUUGUGGGCUUAAUGUCUCCAGUACACGACAAGUAUGGGAAAGAGGGGCUGGUUAGUUCCAGUGAUCGCAUUCAGUUGUUGCGUCUGGCCCUCAACUCCUCUUCAUGGGUGCAUGUGAGUGAGUGGGAGACUCGUCAGGAUGACUGGACACCUACUAGGGAAGUUAUUCAAUAUCACCAGAAUUUGAUUAAGUCCACUUUACGCAAACUGGGCAGCUCCUCCAGUGUCAGCCGUCAGGGACGGGAAUUAGUGGACUCUCUGGUUAAUGGUAAUGUAGAUCCAUCUGUGAAGAGACAGAGAGUUGAUGGUACCCCAUCUUGGCUUGCUCACUUGUCAGGAUCAACUGAUCCAGUUUCAGUCAAGCUACUUUGUGGUGCUGAUCUCCUGGAGUCUUUUGCUAAACCGGGCCUCUGGAAAGAUGAGGAUAUUGAGGCUUUGGUUGGAAAGUUUGGUCUUGUUGUCAUUACCCGGGAAGGAAGCAAUCCAUACAAAUUUAUCUACGAGUCUGAUGUUUUGACUCGACACCAGCGAAACAUCCACAUUGUGACCGAAUGGAUUGCAAAUGAAGUGAGCUCAACAAAGGUUCGAAGAGCCCUUAGGCGAGGAGAUAGUGUGAAAUAUUUAGUUCAAGACUCUGUCAUUGAUUAUAUCUACAAGAAUGCCCUCUACAACACACACAACAACACUUCCAAGGGCAGCCCCUUUCUUCAGUGUCGAGGUAUUGCAGGUUUGCAGAUUAAGAACAAAAUAGUGAUGAACAACGAGAACCAUGUAUGUCAUCUAUGAAGAAUCUGUGGGAGCGUGUAGGAUGCACCAAGCACCACGACCCACAUCAAAAAUAUAUGCCUGUGUUGGUGUGACACAAGCUGUAACAAGGGCUGUGACCUGUGACUUGUAACUUUCCUGCCUGGCUUGACCUGAUGAGAGGUGGAAACCUCAAAGAUUAGAGGUGGCCUUGAACUGUUUGUGGCUUCUCUGAUCAGUGUUGUAUUCAAGGUAUUGUGGUCAGCAGUUAGCACUGUUUAAUGACGUUUGCUAAUUAUAAACGAUAUAUGAUCUGUAAUGCAAACGAAGAAUGGUUAUUCACUGGUACAGCACAUUGAAAGCUUGAUCAAUGUACGCCAGCUUCUGGAGUUUAUGAUUGAAGGAGUUUUUAGAGAUUUGUUAAAGGUAAACACAAAAGGGUUCAACCACAUAAGGAUGCUUGGAAAGUAUUGGGUGUUAGCUUAUGGAAGUUGUUAGGAAGACCUCUGCUGGAAUGAAAGGAGGUGGCUGAGAUGGUAGAGAUGUAUGUGAGAGUGCUCUUGAGAAGUAAGAACAAUUCACUAAACCAGUUCAGAAAAAUGAGUCAUGCAAUAUAUAAGAACUACUCAUCAAUUAAUAUUUUCUUUAGGUAGUAAGCAAAACAUUGGAUUACUUUGACUCGAGGCUUAUUAAUAGUCACAUUGUGAACAGUACAUUAACCAGAGUAACCAUUUAAUUUGCUUGAAUGUGAGUUUUGCUGUGAAUACAGAAUUCAUUGUAAAAAUGAGAGUUAUCAUGUUUUCAAAAAUGAGAAGAUCGCUUUUGGCAUAAAAGAUCAGCUUGCACUGUUAGUUAGCCAUAAAGAGUCAGAAAAUCUAUAAUUAAUCCCAGACAUAUAGCGGGAAAUCUUUUUUUAUUUUAAAAUAUAGUGUUUAUUAAAAAAUAAAUUUGAGUAACUGAGCAAACCUCUAAUACAUAUGACAGGAGCUCGUUUCCUUUUUGUAGUGACUAACUAGAGGCAAUUAUGCAUGUGUUCACUUGAGCCAUGAUAUUGGAUUAUAAGAAAAUGGUUUACAACGUAAACCUUGUCUUGUUGUCUCUGACAAUGUCAGAGACAAAGACAGCUAGAUGAAUCAGUGUGGCUCCUAUUUGUAACUUCUAGCCAAGCAUAAAUUCAACUGACUUAAUUUAACCGUAAAAUAUUUGCAGGUUGAAGCUGAUAAUAUGCACGUAUAACUUUGAAUAACUAAAGAGUAUAUGCCAUUUGUCAUAUGAUAUUGAUUAUUAAACAAUAUUUGCAAUGUUUGCAUAUUUAGCCGACCAUGACACAGCCCAGCUCAAGUGUGCACUUGCUGCCACAGUCCAUACAACUCUGCAACAAUAUGUUAUGUGCCUCUCACUUCACUCUGGUCAACUUGCUAGUCCAUUACUGACUAGUUCUUAGUCAGUCUUAAUGAUUUGCUGUGACUCAUGACCAGUUAACUAUUUUUAAGCAACUCACUGUAGCUUGAUGUUAUCACCCACAUGUUUUACUGCAUUUAUAUUACUUAAAGUACUGUGCUUUAAAUAUAAACUGUUGGAUCUUGAGCUUCAUUGCUGUGACAAGAGAGAGAGAGAGAGAAUUGACAAAGUAUGACAAGUAAUUAGGAAUUCAUAUGCUACUAAGACAAACACAUCCCAGAAGUCAAUUUAAUGCCAGAGGCUGAGGCUAAAAUCAAACUCUCAUAAGACACAGAACUUGCCCUGAAAACCGCCACAAUGAGCCCUUAUAUUGUAGAAUACACAUGAAACCUACCAACUAUAUGGAAUAUAAAGAAUUUGUGACAUGUGACUGAUAUUGGCUGUGACAUGAUAGACAUGCAUGAUUGAUUCAACUUAUACAGACAUUAUGGUAAGUUAAUGGUCCAUAAGAUGCAGGAGAAUCUUUCAAGAUCUGUGUAGGCAAGUUUUAGUGGAAUAAUUGGCAUGAGAGACAUGAAUUGCAAGAGAUUGAGACCUAUACAUUAUUUAGCUUGUGAGACUUGUUAAUUGUGAAAGUUGUGAGGGUCUUGUAAAUUGUAAGAAAUAUGAGUAAUUGUUAAAUUUAAAGAAUGAGAGAUGCGAGAUAUUUUUGUUAUGCAUAAGGUGUAAGAGGGACUAUGGCCUGUUUUGAGACAUGUAAGACAUCUGAACUCUGGCACAAAGAUCUUAAAGACUGUAGAAGAUAUGAAGUUGUUAUAAAUCAUUCAACAAAUGAUGGAUUUGUCAAGUAUGUAGACUGGAAAAGUUUUUCAACUGUAUUAAAGACAGUUAGAUAUCCUGCAGAUUGGAGGAUAUCUGAGGAAGUUGUUAAUAACAAAAUACAUGAAGGAUUUGUGGACUGAAAGAGGCACAAGUGACUUCAAUUUCAUGCACCAUGUGAAAUAUUUAGAUAGUCUGAGGCACAGUAAACACCUGUGUAUUAUGUAUGUCACUGGGAACUAUAUAUUUUGUCUCUGUGUGCAUUUUUAGAGCAUAAAGUUGUUGUAAAGCCAUAAUUACAUUCACAUGGCUGACAGAGACACAUUUCACUAGAGGUAAGUCCCUAUGUUCUGUGAAUCAUCAAAUCAAUCAUUGAUUAAUUUUUAUCCAUGUAAUGCAAAUUAUCCCCAAGGUGUUAUCAAUCUUCACAAUAUAAUAAAUUUCUGUCGUGAAAUUAAUCCAGCUCUCAGUUUUUAGUUGACUUCAUGAGUUUUUCAAUUACAGAACUGGUGUUAAGGAAUAUAAUUUAUUGAUGCAAUUUAGGACCUGUUAAUAAACUAAGUGCCUAGCAGGUAGAUCAGUCUUAUAUUCUUUUGAGGUAACUUUACUGUUUUUUAUAAAUCUCUGAUCCUUCAUAUUGUUUGUAUGUAAUAUAUUGAUAAUCCAUUCAGAGUUUAGAUGAAAAGUACUUAAUUUCAGUAACUAAGCAUCUCACUUAAUUCUUAUGGUAUCUGGCUUGAUCAGCUUAUUAGUACCUCACCUGAGUACUGAAAUAGGGUAUCUAGCCUAAUCAGCUUAUUAGUACCUCACCUGAGUAACAUGGUACUGUAUCUCACUUGAUCAACUUAGUACCUCGAGUAACUUGGUAAUACAUUUGAUCACCUUAAUGUCAUCUUGCUUGACUAUUAUGGUACAUUGUUUAAGCAACUUGAUGCACAUUAUCACCUUAGUCAUCACCUGAGGAGCUUGAUAUUACAGUGGCUAUCAUAAUGUCUUGAUUAGUUUAAUGCCAGAGCAUUGUAGGUCAAACUUAUAAUUUUAUUGCAGUUUUAUUUUACUAUUUUGAUUCACUUAAGAAAUUAUCAUUGUCUCAUUUGAAUAACGAUAACUCACUAAAGGAUCUUAUUAAUUCAGUUGAGUAUUAAAUGUCAAGUUGGGUAUCUAACUUGGGUACUUGGGAAUCUAAAUCCCUAUUGUUAAUAAACUGGCCAACUUCUCGGUUAAUGGGCAACAAUGGGCAACAUGGUGUUUCAUAAAAUUUAAUGGUCUAUACUUUAUGGGCCUUAAGGUAAAAAAUAUCCGCAUAAGUUUGUAUUUUAUCUAGACAAAUUUGUGUAUUAUUAGUGUAAUUAGUGAAACUAGUUUAGUUACCUGGAGCUUUAUCUUGUUCUCAGCCUAAUUUUAUGAUCAAAGGGGGUGAAGGAAGUUUCAUUACUGUCACAAUAUGGUUUAUCAAAUUUUCAAAUUCUAUUUUGUAUCAGUGGUAAAAUUUUAACAGGAUUAUUCUGCCUCAUGAAGGAUGGACAACUUAGAAUACACAACAAUGAAUACUUUAUUGUGAUAUGAUAUUUGGAAAGUUUAUCUUUAAGUUUAGCAGCUCAACAGUUACCUAUGUAACAUUAUGUCCUAUAUGUAAAAUAAUUUCCUUCACAAAAAUGUUAAAGUUGAACAAGGUUCAUCCAUGUUGCCUCCCAGUGUUUGACCAAUGUUCUGUCUAUAUUCUGAUCAUGAUGCUGCUUCCAAAGUACAGGUCCAUAGUUUGGACUAUCUUUUGGUCUUCUUGUAGUCUAGUGAGCAAAGCCAUAGUUGUAUUUAUAUAUUUAUGAUUUGUGCUUGUCCUAGUGUGCAGGACUAUGUGUCAUGUUUAUUGGACCUUUACUGCUGCAGUUAUUUUAUACCAACCAGCAGUAAAAUGAUAUACAGUACUCACAAGAUCAUCAUUUCAUAUUUAUGGGCUGUUUAUUCGCUAUGCCAGUACAGAAUAACCUGAAUAACAAUACUUAAAAAUUGAA